GGGGCGGGUUCAAGCGGUGAGAGAUCCUCUCCCUGGACGAGGAGUAGCCUCAGAUCGAAGGUGACAUCGUGUCGGUGACGAAGUGUUAUUUCUGCAAUCGGUGCUCGGUAUUUUUUUUUUUAAUUAAUAAACAAAGUGUCCCUCUGAGGUUGCUCGCCGCUGGACAGAACCCGGGAUAUGAGCUACACCGAACCGCUGUGGGAGAUCAAUGGAAAUCAAGCACCAGUGAUUACAGCGGACAUGUCGCAAUAUGUUAAUGGUGAACUAGGAAGCUACCCUAUGUGGGACAGUUCCGUUUUGUAUCAAGCACCACCUCCUUCGCAUACGCAUGUGAACGAGCACGGAUUGUACAGGCAGCCUUGUGCGUUACUACAUCAAAGUCGAUACACACCUAACGGUAGGUCCCCUAAUCUUCCAUCUUCCACCACAAAGAAACCAAGACGUCGCGUGGCGACUGUUUCGCAAAGAAGAGCCGCGAAUAUCCGUGAAAGGCGUAGAAUGUUUAAUCUGAACGAAGCUUUUGACAAGUUACGUAGAAAAGUACCAACUUUUGCGUAUGAAAAACGGCUCUCGAGGAUCGAAACUUUACGUUUAGCGAUUACAUACAUCGCAUUUAUGGGAGAAUUGCUCGGAAUUGAGCCGAGUAGUCCGAAGCCAGAGUACAUCCCGAGGGAAUACUAUUUGCCGAAUUGAAUCCUCCAAAAAUGGAAGGGACCUAAGGGAAAAUCAAAUCAGCAAUCAGUUUUCGUUUUCUACAAAAAAAAAAUAUGAAUAUUUAAAUGAUUUAUUUCUGUUAACAAAAGCAACGAAAUCGUGAAUGGUUAUAUUUUGAAAAAAAACUUUCCUUUUUCGUUGAUUGUAACUUAUUGGAUAAAAAUGAUAAGUGACCUUGAAAACGUCCUUGACUCUGACCUUCAUUUAUUCAUCUUACUCGAUGUUUUAAGCAUCCAUUUAUUUUCUAAAAUAUAUCCAUUCCUAGUUUAAAAUUAGACUGUUAGUUGUUGUAGAUCUUGUUUAAUUUCUGACUCUCCUUCGUAUGCAAUUAUACUGACUAUCGACUGAUCGUUUCGUCAUUUGUGUUUACAACGAACUCUGGAAUUUUAUGUAAAUAAUUCGAAUAAUAUUACGCAAAUUAUGACGCUCUUAAAGAUACUUAAAUUAUUAUUAAUAUAAAUAUGUUAAGUUUACCGUAAGUAAAUUAUCGGAAUAACUGUUUACAUAUCGCAUGCCCGUAUGUAGGUAUUACGAUCGUAUGUUAAAUAAAGUAUAGUAAGUAUAGUUAGGAACUUUUUUGAAGAAAAAAGAACAUUAACUAACACUUAAUGUUUAUGUGAUUUUACGAAGUAAGGCGAAAAUCCGUGUCUUCCAUAAUUUAUGUAAAUCUGCAUAUUGUAUAUGAUCAUUAUAUUUAAAUACAAGACGUACAAACAA